AUGAAGAACAAUUCAUUUCAACUUAUCUUUCUCAUAUUGUUAAUUCAACUUUUGUAUUUCACUUGCAUAAACUAUCACUUUGUUUCCUCCGCUGGCACCUCUUGCAUUGAAACAGAUAAGAAUGCAUUGCUAAACCUUAAAGAAAAUCUCAUAGAUCCUUCAGGCAGGCUAUCUUCUUGGAUUGAUCAAGAAGAUUGUUGCCAAUGGCUUGGUGUAACAUGUGACAACAAGACCGGAAACGUCGUAAAGAUUGAUCUCAGGAACAAAUUUUCAAGAAACUAUGGAUUGAGAGGUGAGAUUAAUCCAUCUUUACUUGAGUUACAACAAUUGAGAUACUUGGACUUGAGCAUGAACAAUUUUGAAGGUAUCAAAGUACCUGAAUUCAUCGGUCGCCUUAAAGAAUUGAGAUAUCUCAAUCUAUCUGGUGCAUCUUUAACUUGUUCAGUAUCUUCAUUUCUUGGAAACCUCUCUAAUUUGCAAGUUCUUGAUUUGGGAGGUUUAGAUCUUAGCAAAGAUACUAAUUCUUGGCUUCAAAUAAUCAAUGAUCAUGUACCUUCUCUAUUGGAGUUGCAUUUGCCUCAAUGUCAACUUUUAAAACUUCCAUCUUCUUUUCCAUCUAUAAAUCUUACUUCCCUUUUGGUACUUGAUCUUUCCAACAAUGUUGUCAGCUCAAGUACAUUCCCUCAAUGGAUAUUCAAACUUAGUAACCUUGUGUAUCUUGACUUAAGUUCCAACAAUAUCUUUAGUGAACUGUCUGAUGAGUUUGGUAAGCUCAGUUUCCUUGAAUAUCUUGAUCUGUCUUCCAAUUAUGGUAUCAAUGGAACACUCAAGAGAAGCUUAGGGAAACUAUGUAAUUUGAAGACUUUGAUCCUCUCUUACAACAACAUCAGUGGAAACACUACUGAUUUCAUCAAUGCCUUAUCUGAAUGCCAAAGCAACAGCUUGGAGACAUUGGAGUUGAGUUUCAAUGAAUUGACAGGAAAUCUUCCUGAUACAUUAGGCUACUUGAGGAAGCUAAAGAAUCUUCAAUUGAGGUUCAACUCAUUGACAGGAACAAUACCUGAAACUAUAGGGAACUUAUCAUCAUUGGAGACAUUCUACCUCACAUCCAACAAAAUGAGUGGGAACCUCACCACGAGUAUUGGGCAGCUCAGGUCGUUGAUCUCUUUGGACAUCUCGGAGAAUAUGUGGGAAGGUAUUGUCACAGAAGACCAUUUUUUGAAUCUUUCCAACUUGAAAGAAUUUUUAGUUGGCAUGAAACUUGGUAAAAAUAUUACCUUGGGAUUCAAUAUCAGCAAGAAUUGGACUCCUUCAUUCAAGCUGACAUUCUUGACCAUUCAGUCAUGUCAAUUAGGCCCUGAAUUCCCACAUUGGCUGAAAGAUCAGAAUGAGCUCACCAGUAUAAUAUUCAAUACCGCGGGUAUUUCAGAUGGUGUACCAGUUUGGUUUGUAGAGUUGGAUUUGAAGCUUGAUAAUCUUGACAUGGCUUACAACAACUUGACAGGGAAAGUUCCUAACAAAUUUAACUUUAACUUUCAAGCCAAUGUGGAUUUAAGCACUAAUCGCUUCGAGGGUCCUCUACCACUAUGGUCUUCUAAUGUUUCAACAUUGUAUCUGAGGGAUAACUUGUUUUCAGGACCUGUUCCUCUCAACAUUUGUGAAGCACUUGCCAAUAUAUCAGACUUGGACAUCUCCAAGAACAAUCUAAAUGGCACAAUUCCCUUGUGCAUGGGUGAUAUGAAUCAGUUGACUACUUUAGCGCUCGAUAACAACCAACUUAUCGGAAAGGUUCCUGAUUUCUGGGGUAAGCUACCACUUCUUUAUUGGAUAGACAUGUCAGAGAAUGGCCUGUCCGGACAAAUUCCAGACUCACUAGGCUCUCUUGCUUAUCUGAUGUUCUUAAGACUCUCAGGCAACAAUCUCUCUGGAGAACUGCCUUCGAGUUUGAGAAAUUGCACGAAAAUGAUUAACAUUGAUCUUAGUAACAAUCAGUUGUCAGGGCUAAUCCCAGCUUGGCUAGGGGAAACAAUGACAUCACUGUUAAUCCUUAGUGUAAGGAACAAUAGGUUUUCAGGCCACAUUCCUUUAAAAGUCUGUAGCCUUUCAGGUCUUCACAUACUAGACCUUUCAGGAAACAACUUAUCCGGUUCUAUACCGUCCUGUUUUGGAAAUUUGGAAGGCUUCAAGGUUGAGCUAACUGAUGUAGAACUAGAAGCUAGACAAUAUCAAGGGACAUUGAAACUAGAGGCAAAAGGAAGAAUACUUUCUUAUGAGAAAAUCCUUUACCUAGUAAAUAGUAUCGAUCUAUCUAGCAACAGUUUGUCUGGAGAAAUCCCAAUAGAGAUAGCAAACUUACAUAAACUUGGAACCUUGAACUUGUCCAGGAACCAUUUGACAGGAAAUAUACCAACAGAUAUCGGAAAGUUACGAUGGGUUGAAACCUUAGAUCUUUCAAUAAAUCAGUUAUCAGGUCCUAUCCCAACUAGCAUAUCAACUUUAGACUUUCUGAGUCACUUGAACUUGUCUUACAAUAAGUUUACAGGAAAAAUUCCUACUAGUACUCAGUUUCAAACCAAAGUUGAUCCAACAAUUUUCCAAGGAAAUGUAGCACUUUGUGGUCCUCCUUUGACAGAAUGUGUUGGUGAUAGGACUACGACGAGUACGACAUCUCAAAGUGGAAGGAAUGAUGAUGAAGGAGAAACAGAUGAUGAAGAAAAACUUGAGAAAGUAUGGUUCUUUGCUGUUGUUGGUUUGGGAUACAUAGUAGGUUUUUGGACAUUUUUUGGCACUUUGAUCUUCAAGAAAAGAUGGAGAAUUGCUUAUUGCAGAUUCAUUGAGAUAUGUAUUUUGGAGUUCUAUGAAUGGUCUUGCAAUUUUGUGAAAAAAUGUUUAGAUGUUUAA